UACCCCUCAGGGGGGACUUCUGACGUGUGUCUGUGCGCGUCAGAAGUCCUAUUUAUUAUGGAGGCAAAUUUUUUGUACCCAGCGGAACUAAUGACUUUGUUUAGUUUGAGGUUUACUUUCCAAGCCACAUGACGCUGUUAAUUGCUCAUUGUUUGCAUCACCAUCAUUAUUUCGCGAAUCUAUCCAUUUCCUAUUUACAUUUGUAUUAUUUUCCCUUCGCUAUUUUCAGUCACGAUCCAUCUUUUCAUCUGCCCUCUCCACGCCGGGGGGAAAAGGGCUUGGACAAUUCAAUGACGGUUGGAGACAUGUUGUCGUGGCUCUCUUGUUAAAUUCAAUCAUGGCAUAUUGGUCGAACCCGAGUGUUCAGACCAGUGAGGGUGGCAUGGCAGGGGAGGGCGUCCGCUCAGGCUGCUGUCGGUCACCGCAUCCCUCGGGACCGGGUGGUUGCGGGUUAAAAAAGUAUUACUACUCUCAUAGUAACCUUGAAGUCUUGGACUCGAGCUAGUGGCUGCAGGGGUAUUUACUUCUAUUGACUCAUGUUUGCUAUGGCCAUCUCAUGGAUAGCGCGUCCGCUCCUUAUUGUAGGGAAAAUGAGCUCAGGGAAGAGAUGCAGGAAUGCCAUCUCUAAGGGAACGUCUGCUGUCCCUGGCUCCCGAGCAGUGGAAAGCUAUACAAUGUAUGGCCGGCUUUGCCAGGGCUCUAUAAUCUCUGCAAUUUUAGGAUAUCUUUAUCCCGAAUCUCUCAUUUCUGUUGUAAAUAAUUCCUUUAUUAAGAAUAAAUAAUAUGUGUGUUAAUUAAAAAGAGGCCCAUUCAAAUUCUACAUUUAAAUUGGAACGUUUGGUUGACAGUAAAAAACAGUAGUACGGAAUUUGUGUGAAUUUUUAAAUUACCUUUGAAUUUAAGAAACUAUGAAAAUAGCAAAUGUAAAUUUUUGAUCCAAUCCUAUUCAGCAGUGCCCUGCUAAUCCGUCUUAAGGAAUAAAUUUUCAGGACUAGAAUCGUCGUAUCUCGGAACGAUAUGGGUCUAAGAUAAGCUUUCAAAGAACUCUCGCGGCACCGGGCUUAUAACAAUUUACACAAAGAUUUCAAAAUAUUUGCAAGAUUUACAAAUUUGAUUGAACAUGAAAUCGUUCUGCGUACAUACUCGUGCAUAUCUUCAUACAAGAGAUUGUGUUCGAAUUAGCCUAGUGUGAUUUCCACUCCGAAAUCCUUUUAUUCGCCUGUUGUUUGUGUAAUGACGAACUUGUGUGAACUCACUGUUAUUAAGGUGGAAGACUGCUGUGUUUUUUUAAUGUAUGUUAUGGAAUGACGAAAUUGUGUGAACUCGUUUCUGUUAAGGUGAAGAUUGUUGUGCGUUUUUUUUUGUAAUGUAUGUUAUGCAUAAUUUCAGAUUCAAUUAUCAUUCCUAAUUGCCUGCACUUACGAGCAAUGAGUGCCAGCGCACCAGCUAUGUCGAGCUACGAGCGUCAGCUGAUAGCCGAAGAGCUGGAGUCUUCUCUCUCUGAACUCUUCACUGGACUCGCCAGAAGCCUCGACAGAAUCCAGAACGUCUCUGAUCAGAUAGACACAAGUUUAGGAUGCGCCGAAGAGAGAAGCACGGCAUGUCUUCUAGUUCAGAGCCAAGGCAGUCGUCGUUUUGAGUUAUUGACGAGCGCUUCCGUUCAGCAUAAACUGGAAGAAGCCUUGGAAAAAUUGAAAAAGUUACUCUCAUUCGAGCGCCAGAGAUAUAAAUUCCAGCUGAAACGUGUCCACUCCGACGAACUUGAAGAUAUUCCUCGGACGAUUCAAAAUGAUGACACAAUUGACAUCGAUAGAACUUUAAAUUUGACCUUGGAGUCAAAUUCCGACAUAUCAAAAUUAAAAGUUGUGGAGAGUAGAAUAACAAUCUUGAGCAUAGCUACGAAGGCGCUAGAGGAUUUGAUUCUUGAGUAUCAAUGUAUUCUAAUUCUUUUAGAUAGCACCGGAUCUGGCUUACAGAUCGAUGAGUGGAAGGUUGAAUGUUACAAGAAAUUGAAGGACUGCACGAAUGUCAAGGAAAAUAGAAUAAUUUUCUGGAUCAAAGAGUAUGCUCGGUUUAUGGCUAAGAAUUCUUUGAAUUCUUCAGUUUCUAAAUAAAUUUUCUCAUUUU